AUGGCUCUUAAAACUAUGAGCGUACGUGGCUGGAAGCCUAUCCAGCUUAUUAUCAUUGUUGGCGCAGUGGUGCUUUUCUACUUAUGGCGCUUUCAGCGAGCUGAUGAUACAUACUCCAGAGAGAAGCUAUAUAGUAGCUCUAUACUUGCGGACGAGGACCUGGGCUAUGUUGAUGCUGAAGACUCAGUUGUUCAGAAUGGAAACAGUGAAAUCGCGUCUAGUGGCAAAUGGGUAGACGAUAUUACCCCAGAGUUCCUCUCAGAAUUGGACCAGAAGACCGACAAAUGUAUCAACUACGUUGACUACUCCAAGAAGGCUCAUGCGCCUUAUUCGAAGGGAAAGUUUAGAUAUCCCUUCAUGCGUCCACCGUUGAAGUGUCGUACGUUUGCUUCUGAAGCCGUUGAAAAGUUAAUUACUGAUUUGAAGUCCAAAAUCAAGAAUCCAGACCUUGCAAGAUUGGUGGAAAAUUGUUUGCCAAAUACGUUGGACACAACGAUUUUGUGGCACAAAGAUGGCUUGGCGAGCUCUGGUAAGCUUUCGAAGUAUCCAGAACUGUUCGUGGUGACUGGUGAUAUCCACGCGGAAUGGUUGAGAGACUCGGCCCGUCAAUUGUCUGUCUAUCAGCCUUUGGUCAAGUAUGAUGAAAAACUUAAACAAUUGAUCAAGGGCGCUAUCCACACUCAAGAGCAGUACAUAAUGAACUCCCCAUACUGCAAUGCGUUCCAUCCACCACCAGGUUCUGGUGUGGAAAAGGGUAACACUGCUAAAGAUGCUGUUUAUCCUAAGCCUGACUGGAAUCAAGUUUUUGAAUGCAAGUACGAAAUCGACUCAUUGGCAUCAUUCCUUACAUUAACCAAUGAGUACAUUGAUAAUACUGGGGAUACUUCCGUCUUUACUAAGAGUUGGAUUAAAGCAUAUGAAAAGAUCCUUAUCGUGUUGAAGAGAGAGUCCCAGCCAUCAUUCGACCCUGGUAAUGGCGACGUUUUGCCAUUUUACUACUCAUUCAAGAGGGACACAAACAUCGGAUCCGAGACCUUGCCGCUCGAUGGAGUUGGUAAUCCAGUUAACUUCAAUACUGGCCUUAUUCGUUCGGCUUUUAGACCUUCAGACGACAGUACUAUCUUACAAUUCUUUGUUCCUGGUAACGCUCACAUGCUCACUGAAUUGAAGAGAACACGCAAGCACUUGUUUGAGAACGACGUGAAACUUAAUGUGGACUUAACUAUUCACAAGGAGCACACAGAUACGUUUAUCGAAGGCAUUGAGCGUGGUCUCAAAGAGAAUGCUGUUGUUGAUCAUCCUAAAUGGGGUAAGGUCUAUGCGUUCGAGACUGACGGUUAUGGAAGCAACGUAUUUAUGGAUGAUGCCAACAUCCCAUCCUUGCUUGCCUUGCCUGAUUUAGGUUACCUUGAUGUGAACGAUGAAACGUAUCAAAGAACUAGAAAGAUGAUUCUUUCCAAGUCAGGCAAUCCAUACUAUCUUACUGGACGCCAUUUCGAAGGUAUUGGUGGCCCACAUAUUGGUAUCGAGAACGCUUGGCCAAUGUCUCUUUUGAUGAGAAUUAGGACAACUGAUGAUGACAAUGAGAUUAUUAAAAGCUUGAAAUAUGUCAUGGGUACAACAGCUGGUUUGGGCUUGAUGCAUGAAAGUGUCAAGGUUAACUCGAUGAAGGGUUUGUCUUAUACAAGACCUUGGUUCGCCUGGUGUAAUUCCGAGUUUGGCAAGACCAUCUUGCAUUUGGCUAAGCACAAGCCUCACUUGAUUUUCAAAGAAGAGUUCGCCUCCACUCCUUACAGCCUUGAAAGUGUCUUUGCGUAA